GAGAGGGCCGGGCCGGCGCGUCGGGCGCGUGAGGGCGCCGGGACGGACCCGCGGGCGGGCGGCAGGCCCAGCCCGGGCCGGGCAGGAGGAGGACUGGCCGCGAGGUGUCUGCAGAGCGGUUGUAUUGGUAAAUCUCGUAACGGCGCAGCAUUCUGGCCUUGGAGAAUGAUUCCUCUCCUUCCUCUCAUGGGGAUUAUUUGUAUCAGAUUUAUAACGCUGAACACAACUGCAGGCUUCCUGCUCUGAAUGUGUUUCUUUGCAAAAUGAAUAUUGCAUUGUUUCACAAAGAUUGGACCCUCCAGUAGAAUUUGGAAAGAUCACUACACAUAAAUCACAUAAAUCAAGAGCUUAUUUUUCUUGAAGACUUCUGUUCAGCUUUCAAAGUUUUAAUCACAAUGAAUUCAGGCUUAUGGAGUCAAGAAAAAGCAAGUUCAUCCUAUUGGGAAGAGCGGAUCUUUUACUUGCUUCUCCAAGAAUGCAGUGUCAUAGACAAGCAGACUCAAAAGCUCUUGAAAGUGCCCAAAGGUAGCAUUGGGCAGUUUUUUCAAGACCGUUCUUCUGUGGCACACUCCAGAAAUAUUCCAUGUAAAGGCAAGAAACUGCAGAUUGGAUUAAAGAUUCUGGAACAACCUCAUGCAAUCUUGUUUGUGGAUGAGAAGGAUGUUAUAGAAAUAAAUGAAAAACUAGCUGAGUUGCUUCUGGCUAUUACUAACUGUGAGGAAAGAUACAGUUUGUUUAAGAGCAAAAGCAGGUUAGCUAAAGGAGUCCAGAUAGAUAUUGGCUCACCUGUUAGAGUGCAGCUGAGAUCAGGGGAUGAGAAAUAUCCUGGAGUUGUUCGCUUCAGGGGACCCUUAAUGCAAGAAAGGUCCCUAACAGGGAUAUACUUUGGAGUAGAGUUGCUGGAAGAAGGUCGUGGUCAGGGCUUUACUGAUGGACAGUACCAAGGCAAACAGCUUUUCAGAUGUGAUGAGGAUUGUGGGGUUUUUGUUGCUUUGGACAAACUGGAGCUGGUGGAAGAUGAUGACAAUGAACUGGAAAGUGACUAUGCAGCUCCAGUUGACACAAUGCAGGUAGAACUUCCUCCUUUGGAGAUCAACUCCAGGGUUUCUCUGAAGAUAGGCGAGAGUAUAGAGUAUGGCACAGUUAUAUUCUGUGAUGUCUUACCAGGAAACGAAAGUUUAGGAUACGUUGUUGGAGUGGACAUGGAUAAUCCGAUUGGAAACUGGGAUGGAAGAUAUAAUGGAAUACAGCUGUGCAGUUUUGCAAGUGUUGAAAGUACACUUCUUUUGCAUAUCAAUGAUGUUAUUCCAGAGACUGUGUCACAGGACAGGAGACCUCCCAAGCUUGCUUAUACCUCAAGAAGUGGUGACAAAGGCUUGUUCAAUCAUAGUAAGCCAAAGGCUAUAGGAUCUACCUCUGAACCUGGAAAUAGAAGCAGAUCUGAAGUCUUCUACACAUUAAAUGGCUCAUCAGUUGACUCUCAGCCUCAAACAAAAACAAAAUCCCCAUGGUAUAUUGAUGAAGCUGCUGAAGACCCUUCAAAGUCACUUACUGAUUCAUCUCCUGGAUUUGGGCAUUCUUCACCACCACUGCAGCCACCUUUAACAAACUCUGUGUCUACAGAAAACAGAUUUCACUCCCUCCCCUUCAGCCUGACCAAAACAACAAGUACUAAUGGUACUAUUGGACAUAGUCCUCUCUCUUUAUCUGUUCAGUCUGUCAUGGGUGAUGUGAAUACUACAGCUACCCAGGAGAGUCCAUCAACAGCAAGCCCAAUUGGAAACUCACAUGGUCUUGAAGCAGGUUCCUUGGCUGAAGUUAAAGAAAAUCCUCCUUUCUAUGGAGUAAUCCGCUGGAUUGGCCAGCCCCCUGGAGUAAAUGAAGUAUUAGCAGGACUGGAACUGGAAGAUGAAUGUGCAGGCUGCACGGACGGGACAUUUAAAGGAACUCGAUAUUUCACGUGUGCUCCAAAGAAAGCUCUUUUUGUUAAACUCAAAAGCUGCAGGCCAGAUUCCAGGUUUGCCUCACUCCAGCCCGUUUCCAACCAGAUUGAGCGCUGCAACUCUCUAGCCUUUGGAGGUUACUUAAGUGAAGUGGUAGAAGAAAACACUCCUCCAAAAAUGGAAAAAGAAGGUUUAGAGACAAUGAUUGGAAAGAAGAAAGGUAUCCAGGGUCAUUACAACUCCUGUUACUUAGACUCCACCUUAUUCUGCCUGUUUUCUUUUAGCUCUGUUUUGGACACUGUGCUACUCAGACCUAAAGAAAUGAAUGAUGUAGAGUAUUAUAGUGAGACUCAGGAGCUGCUGCGGACAGAAAUUGUGAAUCCUCUGAGAAUAUAUGGAUAUGUAUGUGCUACAAAAAUAAUGAAACUGAGGAAAAUACUUGAAAAAGUUGAGGCUGCAUCAGGAUUCACUUCAGAGGAAAAAGAUCCAGAAGAAUUUUUGAAUAUUUUAUUUCACCAUAUUCUAAGAGUUGAGCCACUGUUGAAAAUAAGAUCAGCAGGUCAGAAAGUACAAGACUGUUACUUCUAUCAAAUUUUUAUGGACAAAAAUGAAAAAGUUGGAGUACCAACAAUUCAGCAGUUACUGGAAUGGUCAUUCAUCAACAGCAACUUGAAAUUUGCAGAGGCACCCUCUUGCCUGAUUAUCCAGAUGCCCCGGUUUGGAAAAGACUUCAAAAUGUUCAAUAAAAUUUUUCCAUCCUUGGAAUUAAAUAUAACUGACUUACUUGAAGACACUCCCAGGCAGUGCCGUAUCUGCAGAGGGCUCGCUAUGUACGAGUGCAGGGAGUGUUAUGAAGACACUGAUAUUUCUGCUGGCAAAAUCAAGCAAUUCUGCAAAACGUGCAAUACACAGGUUCAUCUUCAUCCCAAGAGACAGAGUCAUAAAUUCAAUCCAUUGUCGCUUCCCAAGGAUCUGCCAGACUGGGACUGGCGGCACGGCUGCAUCCCCUCGCAGAAGAUGGAGCUGUUUGCAGUGCUGUGCAUCGAGACCAGCCACUACGUGGCCUUUGUCAAGUACGGCAGGGACGACUCCGCCUGGCUCUUCUUCGACAGCAUGGCGGAUCGGGAUGGAGGUCAGAAUGGCUUUAACAUUCCACAAGUUACCCCAUGUCCAGAAGUUGGUGAAUACCUGAAGAUGUCUCUAGAAGAAUUGCACUCACUGGAUUCCAGGAAAAUCCAAGGCUGUGCACGAAGACUGCUUUGUGAUGCUUACAUGUGCAUGUAUCAAAGUCCAACAAUGAGUUUAUACAAAUGAACCAGGAUCUCUGCAGAACUGAGGAGACAGUACAGAGUCACCCACUCUUGAGUUUGCUGCAAUUUUGGGUAGUUCAAUGCAACCGUUGCUGGCAAUGGAAGAAGUUGACUAUGACAUCAAGAGGAUUUACUGUUCCAAAAACUACAUAUGGAGUUCUGUCACUGAAGUAUUUAAGCAUUUUGCACUCUAGGAAGUGUGCUUGUGUGUGUUUGUUUUAUAAACAAAGUUAAGUUACUAAAACUUAAAAGCUUUAAGUGCAUUGAUGGUACACAGGCUUUUUAAAUGUUAAAGGUGGAAUUAUAUCAGGAGACAUCUUCUUGGUCCAUUGGGAAUGUAAGGAUACAGUAUUCUUGCUCAGUGCAUUUCUGUGGAUGGGGAUGAUGAUUCUCAUGUGCUUCUCUACCCCCCACCCUGUCUCCUCAUUCUUGAUCUUUUUAGCACCAUAGAGUCUCUCUCAAAGAGAGAAUAACUUCAGUUUGAGUAAGAUAAAUUUUAGACUGGUGAUUGCAUAUUACAUUCUCUUGUUUACUACAUUCUUUUCAGUUCCAAAAAUUAAGAUUCAUUUAAAGAUCUGAAUCCCUGUCUUGCAAAAAUCAAGCACACAAACUUGCUGUGUUGUUAACUUGCAACUUUUGGAGGGGAAAGAGAGGAAAAGAAGAGGGUAUUAAGGGGAAACAUAAUUGCUAAAAUACAAAAUUAGCAAUGAAAGUUAACAGAUGUCUUUUUCUAAGUGUCUAUUUUUAAAGAAACAAAGCAGUCUGGAACAGAACAGCAACUGUACACAAAUGAUUCCAGGACAAAACAAUAAAAUCAUGGAUUGCCUCAGGGAAUGUUACUGAAGUGAAUUCUAGUCCUUGGUAAAUAAAACUGAAUUUUCUACAGUACAUUAAGCUACUGCCUGGGAAUGUUACACAUCUGACUCUUCAUUUCAGGAUUAGUAAUAUUAAAAAGAGAAUAUUAAAAAUCUCUGCCUGGAAAGAUGAAACUAUAAAUAAAGGUAGAUCAGAGUUUUACUGUAUACCAAGUACCUGAUGAAAACUAACUUGAAAAGCUGCAAAACCUGUGUUUAUGUAAAGUACUAUACUUUGAAGUCUGUUGGUUCCUGUUUGCAAUGACAUGCUGUUGUUUUAGUUGCCUUUUAGAUACUUCUGUCUACACUACUAGCAAACAUGCAACUAUAUAUAUACAGUAACAUCUGGUCGUAUAAAUUGCAUCUAUAUGAACUGUACAUUUUCAACUCUGAAACUGUUUUAUAUGGAAACUUCCUUUUUGGGAUCAAGUCUAUAGAAGGGAAGAGAUAACAAAAUGUAACAGAGGAAAAGCCACAUUGAAAAAGCCACUGUUUUAAAGGCAAUGGAGACUGAUCCCUUACUGUAGAAAGUGUGGUUACUUUCUUUUUCUUGGAAAACCUAGAAUCUUUCUUUGGGGCACACUCUACCAUAGAGGGUAGUAGAGAGAGGUUUGAAAACUGCUUGAAGGACUAGUCUGUGAGAAGCAAGGGGUGCUGAGGGGGUUGAUCUGUUCCAUUAGCCUUUGCAUGAAGUGUGCUCUAACCUUUCACUCUCAAGAGCAACAAGGUUAUUAGAAGUGUCACCCUUGCUUUGGCCUGGAAGAGUCUCCUGGCUUUCACUUUCCCUUGCCUUGUUUAACCAGUCUGUGCUCCUUGGCAAAACUCUUUUGUUUCAGUACAGAGCUCUUGUCCUCUUUCUCUCCUGAAAAAAAUUGGUGAGAUUUUAGGUGAUGGAUUCUAUAACCAGGCCCGUUGUGUCCCAACCUGGAAGGAGGUCCAAGCAGUGGACCUUUGAACAAGGAGCAAACACAGGCCCAAGCACAAACCUGCACCCAGGAGACCAGUCUGAAUGUCUGGAUUCUUUCUCUUCCCUAGCCCUAGAUUUAUUUUUGACUUUCCUGGUGCAUUAAUUUCAUAUGUCUUCCACUGGUGUCAUCUUUCCACCCUCUCCCAGCCUCAUUACGUAUAGUUAUCUCUUCCUGCCUGAGCUUGGAGAAAAGCCUUGGACCUGCUAUGGCCAGAGGAGACAAUUGGAAUUGGCAACCAUAUUAAAGUUUCCUAGGUGAAUAAUCUUGUAGCAAAAUAUCCACUCUUCUAUACAGCUGGAAAGUAUUCAGCUUUUCAGGAUAUAUAUUCGAUUAGCAGAAGUGAAUUAAUACAUGUGGGUGUAAAUGAGCUUGGCUUCUUGCCUCCGAACUUCUGGCCUUUCAGUGGAAAAGGAAAAGAAGUGUGGACUCUUCCUGUGGGACACAUAGGGAGUAUUCUUUACUGGGCACGCUUCCUGGUGACAAAUACUGUGUUUGGAAAGGCAGCCAGUGCUUUACAGCCUGCCUUUUGUACUAUAGAUUAUUGCAAAAUGGUAAAUAGUUUUGCAAGCACUGUAUGAUUACAUGGUUAGUUUGUUGCCCACUUAAGAGAGCAGAGAUAUCUUCUACAGCAUGCAAAAAAAAAAUAGUUUUCGCAAUCAAGGAGUCUUCUUUUAAUGGAAAAUGUAUUGCUGUGUUCUGUACUGCACUGCAUUGGAGGUCAUCUGGCAAUGUAAAUGAAUGUUACAGAAAUAACCCCAAUUUUAUUUCCUUUCUCAGAAAUGAGUAUACAAACAGCAAAGUGAUUUCACUGUGAAAGGAAACUAGUAAAAUAACUUAUAUGCAAGGGUAAAAAAGGUGGGGUUUUCUGGGUGUUUUUUAGCCUUCGGCAUAUAUUUGUAGGGGAUUUGAAUAAGCUAUUUUGAAGCUUGCAUUCUAAGCACCUACUGCUGUUAACUGUAAUGCCCAAAGAGUCCAGUGACUAAGCACCCAACAUUUAUGUUGUUUAAUGCAUUUGGAAAACCUCCCAAUCAAUUCUUUUCUCUCUUUUUUUUUUCUUUUAAUAUGGCAAAUGUCCCCCCAUAUUAAUAGCACUUAGAUCAUUCUUCAUGGUUUGGCUCAUAAGUACUGCUAACAAUGGCCUUAACCUGUGAGUAGGAAAAUACAGCGACAACAUGGUUCCUGACAGCCUGUAAAAAUGUAAAGUUUCGUAGGACAAACUUUUGUAACUGGGGAAAAACCUUCAUCCCAUUCAACUUGCCUGCUCUGCUAAACAUUUUUAGAACUAGGGGUUCAAAAUGGAACAAAUCACUGUGCCACUAAAUCCUUGCUUAUUUUGAACAUAGAGGGUAAAGAGGGGUAUUAACUAAAGGUGAUGCCUUACAGAUUUACUCAAGCAAACAAAAUCCUUCAAGAAAGCCCCAACCAAACCCACUGUAAGUUACAUCAGAAGGCUUGUCGUUGGGUGGGGGAGAUAAUUGGAGGAAAAAAUACAAAAAUAUCUAUGUUCAGUAAAGGUCUUUCUAAUAUGUGAUACUGAUUCUGUGCUCUUGAAAAUUGUAGUACUGUGUUGUACUGAACAGCCUGUGAGAUUCCCAUUUUAAGCAAGUACUGUGUGUAACAAGAAUUGCUUUUGAUCAUAAAUGGUUCAUUUCAAUGCACUUAUUUUUCUUGUGCACUUUAUACUCCACUGAGUAGCUGAGUGUGGUCACCAUGAUCCCUGACAAUUGCCAGUUCCAUACAACACCAAGGCACCACCGUGCUGCAUACCAGACUGGUGUGGUUUCCCAACUGAGCUGGUGUAAAAAGCAGCUAGAAAGCUCUGUGUAUUUUUACUGCUGUAACAAAGCAUGUUUUUAUCUGUUCUUGAUGUUUUGCUAAAUAAACAUCCCAUGUUUUGUGCACAAAUAGUCUCUUAAGCUUACAAGGCUGUCUCCAAGAAGGCAUAAGGGAAACAAACCAUUGGAUCAGGUUGCCCUCAACUAGCCUUAAUUUAUUUUUUUUCCAAUGGUAGGGCUGAAUAAGCUGCUGCUGGAAAGGAAUGUACUAUGUGCUCUUUCUGUAUUAAUAUUAAUUAAAAAUAUUAUUCUUA